CACAGAAUCCACGAAACAAAUCAGGAAAAACUCUUCCGCUCCUUUGUCCCUUGACCAAACCUUCCCCUUUUCACAAUUUUCCCUUUCGGUUUCAAUUUUCAAAACAAACUAGGAUCCUGAAAUAGCUGCACACGACACGACCCAUUGCGAUUUUACCAGUCCUCAUCUCGACUACCAAACGCACAAAGAGUCGUCUGAGAUGGAAGUUGAAAAAGAGCCGCUGAUAAUCACAGACAAGAACGAGAUGAGGCAGUGGUCAAGGACGAUGAGAGCCCAAGGCAAGACCAUAGGCUUGGUCCCCACCAUGGGUUACCUCCACGAGGGCCACAUCUCACUCAUCAGAGAAUCCCACACCCACACCCACCUCACGGUUGUCUCAAUCUACGUCAACCCAGGUCAGUUCUCUCCCUCUGAAGACCUCUCCACGUACCCAUCUGAUUUCAAGGGCGAUAUCGACAAGCUCAAGUCUAUUCCUGGUGGGGUUGAUGUUGUUUUCCACCCCUACAAUUUGUAUGACUAUGGUGGGGGUGGGGUGGAGAGAGAAGUGAGGAGAGAGAAAGAGGUGGGAGGAGGAGGAGGAGGAGGGGGAGGGGGAGGGGUGGUGGUGUCCUGUGUGGAGGAGAGGGGAGUGGGGCAUGAGACAUGGGUUAGGGUUGAGAGGUUGGAAAAGGGUAUGUGUGGGAAGAGCAGGCCUGUGUUCUUUAGAGGGGUGGCUACUGUUGUGGCUAAGCUGUUUAAUGUUGUUGAGCCUGAUGUUGCUGUUUUUGGGAAGAAGGAUUACCAGCAGUGGCAGAUUAUAAGGCGAAUGGUUCGGGAUCUUGAUUUUUCCAUUGAAGUUAUCGGUUCUGAGAUAGUACGAGAUGAUGAUGGCCUUGCAAUGAGCUCCCGCAAUGUGCACCUCUCACCUGAAGAAAGGGAAAAGGCCUUGUCAAUAAAUCGAUCACUGUCAGAAGCUAAAUUGGCUGCAGAAAAGGGCCAAGUUAAUUGCAGAGAGUUGAAGGAUUCAGUCAUCCAAGCAGUACGUGAAGCUGGUGGACGAAUUGAUUAUGCAGAGAUUGUCGACCAAGAGAGUUUGGAAGCAGUGGAAGUGAUUAAAGGUCCUGUAGUGUUUUGCGUUGCUGCCUGGUUUGGAAAGGUCAGGCUAAUUGACAACAAGGAAAUCUAUCUGAGGUGCUAAUUGACAACAAGUAAACACUGCUUUUUUGCUUCUGUUGUAUAAGUGGGAGGUAGUCAACAAUUUGGGUUAUAAAAGAGUUCCUUCCAACAAGAGCUGAAUAUUUUGCGGUCGAUACAAGCAGCUAUUGAAAUUCGUCUCAAAAAAUUUCCUUUUGUUCUUCUGGUUCCCACAGCCCAAAAUCUUCAGAACUUGUCCCGAGACUGACUGCGGUGACGUCAAAAUGGCCGUGAAACAGUUAUUCAGGAAACCCAGUUCCUGUGGGAUAAAAAUGGGAGAAGUUGGAGUGUUUUCUUGAAAGCUAAAUUGGCAUGAGAUAGGAAACCCAACUUCAAAUUAAAUUAGAUGAACAAGAAAUAAAGAAGGAAAAUUAUUGUGCUC